AUCGCGAGUUUCUGCGUAAGUUUGACGCAUGCGCAGUUUGUGCCAUGUAAAGGUUAAAAAAAAAAAGAGCGCGCUAAGGUAAACUAAUCUUUGAAAAUGGAUGAAGUAGCUGUAGAUCUGAAGCAAGCCCUUCCAAAUGUAUAUAAUAAUCUUCAAGUACAUGUGGAUGUCCAUCAGAAAUCAAACAGCCCAGCAACAAGUCAAGAUAUACAAUCUCAUGUCAUGCAGCUAUUGAAUAGACAUUGUGUAGUAUUUGGAGAUUACUCAUGGACAGAGUUUGAUGACAGCUUUUUAAUGAAAAAUAUACAUUCUAUCUCCAUUGCUGAUACUGAAUUAAAACUGAAAGACCGACAGCCCAUAGACCUCAGCAAGUGUAAAGUGUUGAUACAUAUUUUUCAACUAAAUGAAGAUGGUCCUUGCGUAGAAAGUCUUGAAGAGGAAAAUGAGGAUCUCGUGGCUGCUAACCAUUGGCUGCUACCUGCUGCUGAUUUUCAUGGUCUGUGGGACAGUUUAAUAUAUGACAGUGAAAUCAAGUCCAGACUCUUAGAUUAUAUUGAAACUGCUAUGUUAUUUUCGGACAAGAAUGUUGACAGCAAUUUGAUAUCCUGGAACAGAGUGGUCCUUCUGCAUGGACCACCUGGAACAGGAAAAACUUCUCUAUGCAAGGCACUGGCACAGAAACUCACCAUACGACUAUCAUAUAGGUACAGAUAUGGGCAGCUUGUUGAGAUCAAUAGUCACAGUCUUUUUUCAAAGUGGUUUUCCGAGAGUGGCAAACUGGUGACCAAAAUGUUUCAGAAGAUUCACGAGCUAAUAAAUGAUAAAGAAGCUCUAGUAUUUGUUUUGAUUGAUGAGGUGGAAAGUCUUACUGCAGCUCGUAAAGCUUCCAGAGCUGGUACUGAGCCUUCAGAUGCCAUUCGUGUGGUAAAUGCUGUGCUGACACAAAUUGAUCAUAUCAAAAGAUAUCCUAAUGUAGUCAUCUUAAGUACCUCAAACCUCACAGAAAAAAUUGAUGUUGCUUUUACAGACAGAGCAGAUAUAAAGCAGUAUAUUGGACCGCCAUCUCCUGCUGCUAUAUUUAAAAUUUAUCUGUCAUGCAUAGAGGAACUUAUGAAGUGUCAGAUAAUAUACCCAAAGCAGCAACUGUUAACGUUACGUGACCUCGAAAUUAUUGGCUUCCUGGAAAAUAAUAUAUCCAAACUUAGCUUACAGUUAAAUGAAAUUUCAAGAAAAAGUGAGGGCCUUAGUGGAAGAGUGCUUCGAAAACUACCUUUUCUGGCACACGCACUUUAUUUACAAUCUCCAACAGUUACAAUUGAAAGAUUUCUCUGGGCUCUGUCACUGGCAGUGGAUGAACAGUUUCAAGAAAGAAAGAAUUUUUCAGAAAAUAUAUAAUAUAUAUCCACUCUUCUUGUGAAGCAAUUCCAUAUGCUUUGUAUUUUUGUGUCAUCUGUUGCCAAACCCUUUAUGUUCCAGUGCAGGCUAGUUGAAAAGGGAUAAAAACUGUAACACAUGGAAAAAAAUUGCCACUAUUCUUUUAAAAUGAAUGCCAUAAAAUGUGCUCAUUUUGAUUAGUGCUUUUAAGUAGUUUGCAUAUCCUUUGUGGGUUACUUCCCAGUAUCUUUAGUGAGUGAGAAUCCCUAUGAAUAGCAUUUGCCAGUUAUUUUCUUGCAGUUAGGUAAAGUAUGUGUGAUCGAAGAUUCCUUACUAUUAGUAUGUGUGAUCGAAGUUCCCCAUGUUCCUUAAUAUUUUCCAACUAAAUACCCUAAAUGUUACAGAAAGGACACACAAUCUGAUCCUAUAACUUGAUUAACUGAGGCAGUCAUGGUAUAUUGCGGGGGGCAAGGCUUUAGGAUAAGAGGUACAAUGACACAUCAAUAUUCCUUGUUUUCCAGGACCAUUUAUAUAAAGUGUAAUAUAUUGUUAUGUAUUGUCCAUAGCAUUUAAACUUAACAUAACAUCUCAGUAUAUUACUCUUUGGACAUGUUAUUUGUGAUUAUUUUUAGUGUAUUAUCAAUGUUUGCAUUGCCUCAUAUUCUUUUUUUAUAGAGGUUUAGUUCUUUGGGUUUUUAUAUGAAGUUCACAACAGGCAGUUUAUAAAGAGAUAAAUACCACAGUGUACAUGUAUUUGUAUAUAUGUUUUUUUUUUUUUUUUGUUAGGUUAAUUAAUAAAUAUGAUUCAGGGUGGUAGUUUAACAAGCCAUUCAAACCAAAAAAACUGAAUGUGUUUUAUAUGCAUUUAAAUAAAGCAAACAUUUAGGGCAGUA